CGGUCCAGUGCCAAACCACAACAACCAUGCGAAGUUUUGAACACCACCACCAGCAUGCUGCUCAUGGCAGCACUGACAGCAAUGGCAGCAAUGGCAGCGGCGGCGCACGCGGCGAGGAAGCAGCAGCGUACCUGCAGCAGUUGGAGGCCCUGCGGAAGAGCAGGGCAGCCACGCUGGAGUUGAUGGGUAGCUUGUACGAUCGGCAGGAGCAACGGCUCGGCCGCGGCCCGUUGCGCGUGGAAGACUUGCAGCCCGCAGUGAACAUGUAUGCUGCUGCUGCACAGCUGCCGGCCACACGCGGGCCAACGCUGCAGAUCGUUCCUGAAGCCCAUCAAAGCAGGCCUGCCACCACAUACGCGAUGCAGCAACCACCGAGGCAACCCCAGCCUGUCACAGACGAGGAGGUGCUCAGGGCCCGAGCGCAGCACCGCAUCUCCACAAUGUGGCAUGGAUUCUCAGCAAGCAGUUCUUCGGACGAGCAUGAUGAAUGUGCAACGGAUGAUGAUGAUGCGUACGGGGACAGUGAGGAUGCGGCCAGCCUCACCGACACCAACGAGGAAGAGCGAACCCCACCUGGACCUCCCAGGGUUGCCUUUGUGCAAGUCAACAGGAGAACACGUGGUGCGGUGGAGUAUGAACAGGAGAAGAAGAAACAAGAGGAAGCAACGCAAGCGGAGCUGCGCAAAGUUCCAAGAGCGCGCGAUCCACCAGGCACAAUACACCAGCCACUGUACCAGCACAUGCAACAAGAGUGGAUGGCGAAGAAGCAGCAGUUUAUGCAGAGUCGAGAUGCGCUGCGCCGCGAACAGGAACAGCGACGCCAACAGCAGGAGCGAUGCGGAGACGCCGUUGGUGUCAAUGAUGAUGGCGACAGUGGAGACAGUUCAGCAACACAGCGCCAGGGAGGCGGCAGAUCAGCGUCCCGCCUUCGCCAUAAGCGCUGCAUGGGCGAUGGAGACAAUGAUGGUGAUGGUGGACGAGUGCGACGGCAGUUCAAAGCCCGGCCGGUGCCCCUACAUGUGCUCGAUCCGGAUCGCACGCAGCAGCUCGAGGAGCGCCACCUCUACCGCAAACUCAGAAUGCGGAUUUUGGCCGAGGAGAAGCUGGCGACUGUGGCGGCGCCGGGAGCAAUGGAGUAUCGCAUCUUGGAGUUUACGGAGAAGAAGAAGGCGGAGCGACAUGCUGACGAGAAGAAGAAGAAGCAAAAUGCACAGCGCAAGGCGCGCCAGGGCGACGGUGGCAUUACGAGACCAAGGCCAUUCAACCUCUCGGCACCAAAGGACAAAACGGAAGAAAUCAACCGCAUCAAGCAGGAGAUGGAGGAGGACAAGGAGCGGAAACGCGAGCAGCGAUGGCCUUUCGCCCACUCAACGCCAAAGAAGCAGCUCCCAUACGAUGUUGACCGCAAGGCAUAUCUUGCCGUUGGGCGUGGUCUUCGCACACCGGCCGUUCGCCAGACGCGCGCAGCCAAACUCAGGACAGAACACACUGCACGGCAGCUUGAGGAGCGGGAGCACGCUGCGCUGGUGGCGGAGGAGACGGCAUUGACGCGUCAACACGGCGCCUCCCCGCGUGUGCGCGAACAGGUGCGCACGCAGGUGCAACGCAACGACCGUGGCCCCAUCAUCCACGCCCGCCGCCGCAUGAACACGCUCGUGUUCCGCAAGACACAGGACGUGCUGGCAGAUGCGUACAGGGAGCAUAUUGACUCGAUUGAUCGACGCGUGGCGCAGCAGCCCACCCUGAUGGAACGUGUCGCCUCCACCGCCACCGCCAAUACCAACACCACGACGCGGGGGAACCGUGGCCAUCGUCACCGCUAUCCUCGCGAUGGUGGUUGUGGUGACGACGAUGCACUGCCGCCGCGUGUGCCGUUUGCACCGUCAGAGAAGCGCGCGUUCCCCGGCGUGCGCGUGCGCGAGGACCACUUUGCUGCUGCACUCGAGUCAUCUGCAUCAUCGUUUUCGUCGUUCUCCUCCUCUGAAUCGUCGUGGCGUUCGCCCGCCCCAUCUGUAUCGUCAGCGUCAUCGACAUCGAUGCUGUCGGCAACCGGAACAACAGCAGCAGCAACACACGCACGCACACGCACACAUGCACGUGGGGAGUCCCUCUCCACGACUUCAUCGUCGUCAUCGUCGUCUGUGUCGACGCUGGCGCGGCCGCUGUCUGCUCUCCGUUUGGCAGCCGGCGGUAACGGCGGUUAUGGUUAUGACGAUGAAUAUGGUGACGAUGACCGGAGCGUGGAUGUGGAGGUGCAGGUCGAGCUGCCUUCGAGGAAGGAGAAGGAGGAGGAGAAAGCUGGAGAACCGCGUGUGCGGCCGCCGGUGUACACACGCCAGGUCGACGGGGAGACGCAACAACGGCAACAGCGGACGCAGCAGCGGCAGCAGCAGCCGCGACCCACACGGCGCGCACUUGAAUUUGGGCCUGGGGAUGAUGGCGUGGUGGUGACUGCCGAUGUCGAUGGUGGCAAGCAGAAGAAGCAGCAGCAGCAGCAGGCGCACGCAUAUUCGCGCCCGCGUGCCCGUAUUGGUCGUGGCUAUUCGGACCGUUCGUCCAUUCUGACCGACCGCGAAUUUGUCGUUGAGGGGCAGGGGCCACCAUGCGAUGAGGGUGAUUGUGGCGGUGAUCGUGAUGGCAGCGGAAGGUGGAUGAUGGAUGCGCACACGCAGCACCAGCACGAAGAUGAGAGGGUUGGUGCCUCAAGUCACGCGCAUGGCGCUGCGGUGGUGUCGGCAGCGAUUGGUGGCGAUGGUGUUGGGUGGGCACCGUCACGCCAGCGCACAGGAAGACAGCUGCUCGUGCAGGCUGCACGCGAGCCAUGA